AUGAAAGGCUCAUUCCCUUCCAAGCUGGAUGUUGGGGCCUCUGAGGAUACACUGUUUUGCAAUCGAGCACUAGCAUUAUUUGAUAUCAUGGCUCCACCAGGUCCGUCAAAGGCGAAGCCGGCUCCGCCUGCGGCAAAGCAGGAUUCGGCACCAGUCGCAGGCCAAGGAGCCUCUCAACCAGUGAACCCGACUGCACUAACAGCAGUCAUUGACAAAGAGAAAGAACUCGCCGCCGAGAAACAAGACGCAAUGAACACGGCAGUUGCUCGUUUCAAGGAGAUCUCAACGAGCCUUGGAGGUCAUCAGCAGGCUAAGGCAUUCUUCGACACCUACGGCACUGAUGGCUUCAAACCGAAAGCCCCGCCAGAGGAUCCCAAACGCAUCGCUCCCAAAGAAAUGACUCUGAACUCUGAAAUCAAAGACUACACUCACGUUCAAGACUUGGCUUGGGACAUUGAAGAACCCGAUAAAGCUGUGAAUGCUACUGAGCUGAAUGAUGAAGCGUGGCAGCAUCUUAUUGACACGACCAAGAUGCUUCAUGGUUAUGUUCUUAACGGCACAUCCGGUCUUUCGCGCGCAAGAUUCCAAGCAUUCCAGCUCAAACCACCGGCGGGAAACACUUAUAAGGAUGCGAAAACUAUCAGACCAGAGUUUGAGGUGUUUGAUGCUUCAUCAAUUUCCACCAAGGAGACUAAGACGCAGGUAGAAAGAUCAAUGGCGCAGAAUGGCUUCUCUUCUCAAGCAAUAUCGGCUUCUGUUGGAGCUUCCACGCCCUACGUUGGAGUUGGCGUUUCUGCUUCACAUUCUUCUGAGUCUCAGAAGAGUGAGAGCAGUGCGGAUUUCAAGGAUCGCUUGGAGUACACUGCCACAUACAAUUUUCCGAGGGCACGCAUCUUUCUUGAUGAACUCAACCUCGAGGCCACUACCGAAUGUGCUGACUUCCUGGUGAAAAUUGAGGAUGCAGCAAACAAGAUCUCAGCGAACAUCAAGGCUGGAAAAGAGCCGGACCAGGAUCGCGCUGUGGCCAAUGCCAAUCGUCUGGUCGCGCAAUUUUACACCAGAUUCGGCCAUAUUUUCGCAUGUAAUAUCCAGCUGGGCGGACAAUUGACUGCUAGCAAGUCUGCGACGUCUUUCGGAACUGUCAAAGAAGAGGAGCGCAGGGACGCUAUGCAGGCCGCUGUGGCCGCAAGUGUCGAAACAAAAGCCGUUUCCGUGUCUUCGAGCUACAGCAAAGGCACUUCUACAGAUGAUACGAACCGCAACACUACCGUUGAAAAUGCGUCUUCACUCGCUUGGUCCGCACGAGGCGGUAAUACGUUGCUUUGCGCCAAUCCUGCUGCAUGGGCGAAUUCGGUAGCUGACCCCAAGCACUGGAGGGUCAUGGAGCAAGCGAAUAUUCUUGCGCUUCCGGAACUCAUCAGCAAAUUCACACGGACCACACACGGCGGAGCUCUUGCAUGGCCUAACAUUGGCGGUACGUUCCAUACCAUUGCGAAGAGUAAGUUCCAGCAGAUUCCGCGCAUCCAGCCUGAUAAAUGGACUGGAAAAUUGAAGUUCCGAACUCUUGAUGGGCGAAAAGUUGUGAUCAAAGACAAUCAUCUUUGCAUCGCCGAUGAGGGAGAAGAAGCUAUCUUUUCUGUUCUGGAUGCCGAUAAAGAGAAGAGCCAUGAUCCGGAUACGAUCAUGCCUCAACUGUAUGCGGACAGUCCCGUAUAUCUUAUGCCAGGCAAGCCUUGCCGCUGGACUUUACGUCGCAAUGAGGCUCUUCCCGAUAAGACGGCUCCUCUCGGAGCUUUCCCGUGGGCUCCUGGCCGCGGCGAUCCCAUCAAACAUGAAGAGGUGGUCGGACUCUUCUGCCACUCAUAUCAUUACGGAGGCCCCUUCACCAGCAAAACCGUACCACCCAUCUUCGCGCCUUAUGUCGUGAAACGAAACGACUCUCGGCUUUCGGUCUUCAAAGUCGAUCCUCAAAUUAUGCUGAGACUCGACACCGCUUCAUUGUUCAAGGACGAUCCAGCUUGGGCUUUUCUCAAAUCCAAUACGAGCGAGUCUAUGCAAGCUCUCAUCGAAGCCAGCGAUCUCGGUAAGCGUGUCGAUGAAACUCAAAUCGAGACCUGGCGGAGCACCUUUGCACUUGGAGAUGUGUCGAAGUGGAAGCCUGCACAUGAGAUGAUCAUGGGUGUUACGCCUGCAUCUCGCGACUACUUUGUGCGCGCAGUAGGGGAAGAUACUUUCAACAAGAAUAAAUUGCUAACCGCGGGAGUUUUGGGCACUUUGAUCAAUCUGGAUCUUUUAAAUUGGGCUGCUUUGAAUAGUGUGCCGAAUUUGGAGCCUGUGCGGUUCAAGGUCAUCUUUGUGCAUGAUGAGGAGGACCUCCAGGAAGAACAGGGCGAGGAGUAUGGUCCUGGGUUGUUUGACUAG